AGCUGUCCUUUGUCAGCAACAAAUUCUCACUGUUUUUUGUGCUGAAUAUAUGCUAUAUGGUAAUUUAUGGACCUAAUGGGUAUCUAAAGCCAUUUGCACAUGUUUCCAUGCAAGCAGUCCUUGCAGAAUGUUGUUGUUUAGUUGUGUCCGACUCUUUGUAACACCAUGGACCAGGGCACGCCAGGCACUCCUGUCUUCCACUGCCUCCCGCAGUUUGGUCAAACUCAUGCUGGUAGCUUUGAUAACACUGUCCAACCAUCUCGUCCUCUGUCGUCCCCUUCUCCUUGUGUCCUUAAAUCUUUCCCAACAUCAGGGUCUUUUCCAGGGAGUCUUCUCUUCUCAUGAGGUGGCCAAAGUAUUGGAGCCUCAGCUUCACGAUCUGUCCUUCCAUUGCAGAAUGUAGGCACCCUAUAUAUAGAAAUGAGCAAACCAGUGAUAUUUUAGGGAGCAGAAUAGCAGGCGGGGCCCAUAACUUUAAUCAAACACUGUAUGUAGGUUUUAUUUUGUUUUUGUUUUUUAUCUUAUAUUUUGGAAAUGUACAUCCAGCUCUUUUUUCCCGAGGCCCCCAAGAGAGUGGGGCCCUAAGCUAUAGCUUGUUUUAGCUUAUACGGAAAUCCGGCACUGCCUAUGCCCCUCUCCACGCCAGAUCUCCCUAAGUUUCGCCUUCCCAUUCCCAGCUGUCGGAGGAGGCUGCCCGGCCCCGCUCCGCCCCCCAGCCCGCCUCUCUCCCUCCCGCCCGGUUCCCUCUCGCGCGUCCUGGAGCCGAUGGCGCGGCGGGAGCAAGAGGUGGUGCCGGCGGGAGCCGCGGUCGCGCCUUGCGAUCUGUGCGCCCAGGGCGCGCCGCGCCGGGCGGAAUGGAGCUGCCUCACCUGCCUGAUGUCGCUGUGCGAGACCCACGCGCGACCCCACGGCGCAGCGGACGGGGAACCCGGCGCGGCUUUCCGAGGCCACCGCGUGUGCGCAGCCGGCGAGGCGGCAGCGGAGUUGCGCGCCUUGCGGGAGCGGGAGCGCUGGUGCGCCGAGCACCGCGGGCGCCCUCUGGAGCUGUUUUGCGAAGAGUGCGCGCAGUGCGUGUGCGCGCUCUGCCCGGCUCUGGGCCUCCACCGCGGACACCGAGUGAAUCUCAUCGCCCAGGCGGCGGAGAGCAAGCGGGUACGCGGGCACAAAAGUUCUUCCGUGUUCUCUUUCUUUUGGGUGGGGAGGGGAGGGAUUCGUGUCCUUUCAGACGUGAUCGCAUUCCGACUCCCAUCAGCUCCAGCCCUUAGGCCAGGGAUGAUGGUCCGUCGACAUCUGGAGAGCCACACCCAUUCGCUAGUAAGAUUUUCCAUGGCUAAACGAUUCCAAGAGUUGCGGAGAGGAAGUGUCGUGACACUUUUAAAGAUGACUGGAUUUAUUAUAGCUUAAGUGGGCAUGGGGUCUCAAGUCCACUAAAACGGAUGCCGUAAUAAAUCUGUUAAUCCUCUUUAAAGGUGCCAAAAGAUUAUACAGUGGUACCUCUGGAUAUGAACGGCAUCCGUUCCAGAGCCCCGUUCGCAUCCUGAAGCGAACGCAACCCGCGUCUGCGCAGGUUGUGAUUCGCCGCUUCUGCACAUGCGCGUGAUGUCAUUUUGAGCGUCUGCGCAUGCGGCGAAACCCGGAAGUAACGCGUUGUUACUUCCGGGUCGCCGCGGAGCACAACCCGAAAGCGCUCAACCUGAAGCAACUUCAACCCGAGGUAUGACUAUAUUUGAUGCUUACUGUAACAGACUAACCUAGCUAUCUAUGUGGAAUUUAUUAAAAUGGUUGUUGGCAUAUGUCUGCCUUGAGAGACACCUACCCGGGUGAAGUCAAACCCCGGGUUAGCAGCACUGAAAUGACCUCCCUGGGCGCAAGCCUGGGCAGUGUGGAUGGAGUUCCUGGGCUGCCCAGAUGACCAGACCCCUCUCUUGGCCUCGCUGAUGCGGUCCAACCAGCUUGGCUGCAGGAAUUGCCGGAAGGAGACGUAAAAUGAGUCAUUCUUAGGGACUCCAGAUUUGUGUUGGGUUUACUCCUUAGCUGGUUCUUUUCCCAACGAUAUCCUGCAGGGCAGUGGAGCUUUAGGUUCAGAGUUUUCCUUUUCAAUCCACCAGAGCCCGUUUCUGCAUGCAGGGAAAGACCCUAAUUCACCAAAGGUUUGAGCCCCAUCGGCUACCCUCAGCUGGUUUAGCCAGCCAGCCGAAGCUGAUCCCAGCGUGUAGCUACCGUUGCAUGCAGGAUGGUGGACAAUCUACCCCAGAAGAAGCACAACCCUAACACCCAGGGCAUCCCAAAUUAUUACCACCGUCCCUCUAAACUUUAGGUAGCUCUUCUGAUACAGUUUCUUUCCUGUAUUAGGGUUAAUGGCUUGUUUCACAAUGUCUCAAAAUGUGUAGUAUGUUCUCAACCAGUUCUGCAAAAAAAAUGGGUGUGAGGGUUCCUAACUUCUCUACCAGCCUAUAGAGGCCUUUAGCAGCAGUUUGAUCUCCAGAUGAUGUGUGCUGUCAUUGAUAUCCCUGUUGUGAAUAUAUUCCCUUCACUAGAGCAAGCUGCUGUUAAAGGCAAAGGAGCAAGCCAUACAGUUUUGUUUCUGGUCUGUUGGCAAGCUUAAAUAAGCAGUCAUCCCACUUGCAACUAUUGUUAUUGGUUAAUACUUAUUAGAUUUCUUAUCUGCCCAUCACCAUAGGUCCCAGGGCAGAUUACAACAGUGUAAAAUUAUAAUAUUAAAAUCAGUUAAAACUACGUGGUGCUUGGUUAAUAUCACCUCCUCCUGGCAGCCUUCCCACUCCUUUGCCUGCUAAUUUUUGUGUGAUAUCAUGUGCCUGAGAAUUCUGGGUCUAGGUCCUUAUUUUCUCACUCUCUCUUAUACCACAAAAUGGUAAGUGCCACAUCUCUGCAGUGUAAUUGGGAUAGAACGGUGCCUUGUGCUAGAGCAUCUCGGAUUACAAAGAGGCGUGUUGGGACAAAACAAAUUACAGAAGAAUCUACUUUGGGAAAUGCAGAACAUAGCAGACACAGCCAAAUCUUUCUCUAGCACUAAUCAGAAUUCACUUCUGCUCUCUUUUCCUUUACAAUGCAGAGGAUAGGGGAAAUAGCAGAGACAGUAGACAGGGGAAGAGCUAGCCAGAAAGUUGGCACCGUGUUCUUGUUAGGUCUAAUAAAGGUGGCAUUUUUAUCUCUUCCCCCUACAUGCUCAUUCAUAGCCAAUUAUUUUUGAUCUAAUUAUUCUUCAGAUGUGGGAAAUGGGUGGCACUGUGGGUUAAACUACAGAGCCUAAGACUUGCCGAUCAGAAGGUUGGUGGUUCGAAUCCCCGUGAUGGAAUGAGCUCCAGUUGCUCGGUCCCUGCUCCUGCCCACCUAGCAGUUCGAAAGCACAUCAAGUGCAAGUAGAUAAAUAGGUACCGCUCCGGCGGGAAGGUAAACGGCAUUUCCGUGUGCUGUUCUGGUUUGCCAGAAGCGGCUUGGUCAUGCUGGCCACAUGACCCGGAAGCUGUACGCCAGCUCCUUUGACCAAUAAAGCGAGAUGAGCACUGCAACCCCAGAGUCGGUCACAACUGGACCUAAUGGUCAGGGGUCCCUUUACCUUUACUCUUCAGAUAGUGUAAUGUAGCUUAUUGUCUUUGUGCUGUUGACAACCCUAAGAGGUCAGUCCAGUGUUGUUCCCAUUCCAUAAAUGGGGAACUUAAAGCAAGGCAUAUUCCCCCAAACAUCACAUUUUGCUUUUUGAUAUGGUUCCAAAAAUGUCCAGGUUUACAUGGCAAAGGACAGUGUGUGGUGCUGUCGGCUGUGAGUGGCGCAUGUGUGAUUGUUAAAUUGCCAAGCCCUCUUCCCCAUCCCCACAUGGCUCCCUGGAAAUGGGGACACAAUUCUUUUUGCUGUUUCAGCAUCUUUACUGUACAGGGAAAAAGAACGAGUGGCACUUUGUACCAGAACUGAAUAUGCAAAGUGGAAAUGAAUCCCUCUAAGAUCAUCCUGGAACUGAAGAACACACCAGCUCCAAAGUAGCUUCAAAAUUAACUCUCAGCCUUGCUAAUUAAAAUUGGUCUCCCCCCAUGGAACAGAAUUAAUUCACGUUAACUGGAAGAAAAAUGCGCAGUGAAUAACUAUCAUGGGUGACUGGUAUAUAUGCUAGCAGAAACACACUGGUGCACUGGUGAGCUUAUAUAUUUUGUGGACUUGCUUGCAAAGCUGAAUCUUAGUUGAAGAAUCUACUUGUUGAACAUUCUAUGAUUCUAUGUUCAAAUAUAUAAAAGGAUGUCACAUAGAGGAGGGAGAAAGGUUGUUUUCUGCUGCUCCAGAGAAGCGGACACGGAGCAAUGGAUCCAAACUACAAGAAAGAAGAUUCCACCUAAACAUUAGGAAGAACUUCCUGACAGUAAGAGCUGUUCGACAGUGGAAUUUGCUGCCAAGGAGUGUGGUGGAGUCUCCUUCUUUGGAGGUCUUUAAGCAGAGGCUUGACAACCAUAUGUCAGGAGUGCUCUGAUGGUGUUUCCUGCUUGGCAGGGGGUUGGACUCGAUGACCCUUGUGGUCUCUUCCAACUCUAUGAUUCUAUGAUUCUAACAGAUUAGAAGUUGCAACUGAAGGUCUGAAGUGGUCACAAUCAGUGAUGUGUCCUUUUUACACUGGGUAAAACAGGAAAUCAUGAGGUCGUAUUUGAAGCAGUUGACCCUGAAGAAGAAGCAGGAAGUUGACAACAUAAAACAUAUAGAAGAAGCUACUAAUGAGCUUAAGGUAAAUCAAGAUGUGUUAAUCUCCAUAAUGAUGGUACUAUUUAUUUGUAUAAUGUCCUUGGGGGCCAAAUUGGACGGGAUCACAACGAUGUCAAGGAAUGGGGUGCUUCCAAGUUUACAUAUGAAGUACAGUCUUAUCUUAGAAAUCAAACGGAAUCUGUUCCGGAAGUCCGUUUGACUUCCAAAAUAUUCGGAAACCAAAGUGUGGUUUCUGAUUGGCCUCAGGAGGCUCCUGCAGCCAAUCGGAAGCUGCGGAAGCCCCGUCAGACGUUUGGCUUCCAAAAAUAAUUCUCAAACCGGAACAGUCACUUCCGGGUUUGCGGCGUUUGGGAGCCAAGGCGUUUGAGAACUAAGCUGUUCGAAAACCAAGGUGCGACUGUACCAUGCAGACUCAUUAACUUCCCUUUCCCACCCCAUGGGGCAACUGUGAAAGGUGGCUGUGGCCCAGCUGUCAGUGACCUGCUAGUGAUCUUGUGUCUGUGCUGGAUCUCAACAAGAGAUUGCAGGUGAUGGGGUGAAGUAGGGAAAAGGAAGUUAGGCAUGAUAUAUCGCAAGGAGGAUGCAUUCAUCCUCACCAAAUUUAUAACGACACCCAGGCUCAUUUUUCUCGCUAACUAAAAUGAAUUCUGCCGCAUGCAAAGCAGGCUGCUUAAGCGAUUGAUCCAACCCGAGCUGGGCCACUCCUUGGCCUGUGGACCAAAGGGCAGAAAAGCUGCAGGUCAUCAGAGCCACAGGAGCCUCCCCACCCACAAUGUUUGAAUUGGCUGGCUGCCACUUCUUAUGCCAGGCUUAUUAUUAGCAUUAGUAUAGCAACCUUCUGGAUUCAAGGCUGAACUGCACAUGGUUGCUGCUUUGGGAGGAUAUUUGUUUCCCCCCCUACGUUUGCAGUUGUAGAGGCUGCAAACGCAGUGGUGUGCCUGCAGGAGUGUUCAUGUGCAUUCCAGGGACGCGGGUGGCGCUGUGGUCUAAACUCCUGAGCGUCUUGGGCUUGCUGAUCAGAAGGUUGGCAGUUCGAAUCCCCUUGACGGGGCAAGCUCCCUUUACUCUGACCCAGCUCCUGCUAACCUAGCAGUUCAAAAGCACGCCAGUGCAAGUAGAUAAAUAGGUACUGCUGUGGCGGGAAGGUAAACAGCGUUUCCGUGCGCUCUGGUUUCCGUCACACUGUCCCGUUGCGCCAGAAGCAGUUUGGUCAUGCUGGCCACGUGACCCAGAAAACUGUCUGUGGACAAACGCCGGCUCCCUCGACCUGAAAGCAAAAUGAGUGCCACAACCCCAUAGUCGCCUUUGACUGGACUUUACCGUCCAGGGCUCCUUUACUUUUACUUUACCUCUUGUGCAUUCCCCUCUGGCAUUUUAUCCACUCAGAAUCACACCUCCACAGGUUGCUUCCUCUCUCCACACCUGCCCCCCCUGAAAGGUACAGCUACCUUAAGGACUCUCAUCAAUGCUCAGCUCAAACUUUUAGCACCUACACCAGUUCUGUGUUUCUUUUAGGUAAAGGUAAAGGGACCCCUGACCAUUAGGUCCAGUCGUGGCCGACUCUGGGGUUGCGGCACUCAUCUCGCUUUAUUGGCCGAGGGAGCCGGCGUACAGCUUCCGGGUCAUGUGGCCAGCAUGACUAAGCCGCUUCUGGCAAACCAGAGCAGCGCACGGAAACGUCGUUUACCUUCCCGCCAGAGCGGUACCUAUUUAUCUACUUGCACUUUGAGCUGCUUUCGAACUGCUAGGUUGGCAGGAGCAGGGACCGAGCAACGGGAGCUCACCCCGUCGCGGGGAUUCGAACCGCCGACCUUCUGAUUGGCAAGUCCUAGGCUCUGUGGUUUAACCCACAGUGCCACCUAAAUGCUGUUCUUCCUUUAGAAAGCCCUGGGCAUCAUACAUGGGUCUCCAAGUGGCCUCCCAUCCGUCCAUCCAUCCGGUCCACAUCUUCUUAACUGUAAAUAACUUUGCUGAAACGCUUGGUGCCUCUUAGGCCAGCUUUUGGCAAAGGAUCAGGCAGGAAAUGGGCCAGAGUUUGAGCAGCCUUGUUGUUUGAAAAGCAGCCUCAGGAGGCAGAUGGUUGCUGCGGGUGACUGCUUCACCCUUUGUCCUCCCACUGUUUGCUCAAAGCCACGCUCUGCAAGAUGCUUUUCUCUCUGCAGGAGAAAAGAGAUGGGACUCCAGUCUCCUUUAACUGGGUGUGAGAAGGGCAGGUGCUGGGCUUUGAAUGGGAAAAGAGCAAAAAGGAGAUAGCUCAUGAUCUAGCCCUCUGACAAUGUGCUUUAGAGCCACAGUUCCCAAACUCCCCACCCCAACCACUCAAAAAACGCUGAGGGUCUUACUGUAGUGAUUGGCAUGUGCUGUGCUAGACGCUGUAUGUUUUUCAAUUGUAUUGUUAUUGCUUCUCUUAUAUUUUAUUGCACUGCAGCUUUAAUUCUGGAAUUCAAGGUUGAAUAUGAUAAAAUGUAAAAGAAGCACUAAAAAUGCAAUUGAAAAUCAAUAUGACUAUUUACUGCAAUGGAUGUGGCAUCACCUUCUUCAGCCACAAAUGUACCAACAUGCCGCAGACCACCUGAAUGAAACUCAUGGAUCGCAGUCAGGGAAUCCCUAUUUUGUGAGGGAGAACCUUGGGAGCGUACCAUUGAACAAUAAUAAAUAAAAUGUUAAUAAAAUUAACAAAGUUUUUACACUGCUUGAUUGUAAUGGAACCCUCUAAACUGUUUACAAGAAAUACCAAGAUUACCGGUAAAAACAGAUGCAAUUAAAAACAUUUUGAAAUAAUUAAAAUUAACAGUCAAAAAAGUUUAAAACACAACAACAUCUACAUGUCUGGAUAGGCAUGCCUAAACAAAAAUGUCAUAAGCAGGCGCCAAAAAGAGAAUAGCAAAAAAGAAUACAGUGGUACCUCUGGUUACGUACUUAAUUUGUUCCGGAGGUCCGUUCUUAACCUGAAACUGUUCUUAACCUGAAGCACCACUUUAGUUAAUGGGGCCUCCUGCUGCUGCUGCACGUUUUCUGUUCUCAUCCUGAAGCAAAGUUCUUAACCCGAGGUACUAUUUCUGGGUUAGCGGAGUCUGUAACCUGAAGCGUCUGUAACCUGAGGUACCACUGUACAACGAAAAGAGAGAGAAGUGUAAAUUCUGCACAUUUUCCAGUUGUUGUCUUUCUACUAAAAGGAAAAUGGUUGCAUGCUUAAGAUCACAAUAAAAUAUGAGAGGAGAACUUUGUGGGCUUCACCAAAGGUGUGGGGAGCCUGUUGACCUCCAAAUCUUGCUGAAUUAUUACAACACCCCAUUCUGGCCUUGGCAGCUUGGUUGUCUGAGUGUAACCUUUCCGCAAAGGCUUGUAAGCGCCUUCUCUUUUCCAUGCUAGGCCCCUGGAACAUUUGUGUUUGGCAGCAUUCUUGAUUUGGAGCUGAGGUUUUGUUUUACCUGCAGGCACACAUGUUCGAGAGCAAAACCUGGCUGGCAGGGAAGUUUGCUGAGCUCCGACUCCUGUUUGCCGAGGAGGAAACUUUGACCAAGAGAUACAUUGACGAGAAGGCCCAGCAUACCUUGAUGGUGUAUGAAGAACAGGCAGAGGCUUGUGAGGGCCAGAUCCGGUUCAUAGAUGGCUUCACAGACAGGAUCAGGCACAUGCAACUUCAACCUGACGCCCUUCUUUUGCUCAAGGUACGAAGAUGCUCUUCCUGGUUGAAAGUGUGGAAAAGCCCUAUCAUGAAAAAUCCAGCAUUUUCUCCAUGGUGUGAGUCCUACUGUUGCUCCUUCUGUUGCAUGCCUGUUGCUUUGUAAAGUAAUGCAGGCAAAACAGGCAGGUCCCUGCCCCUCCAAGCCUACAAUCAAAACUUCGACAAAGAAAGAAUAUGUGCAGCACAUUUCUCUGCCUUGACAUUUUUAAAAAUUGAUUUAUGAUUAUAGGGUUGAUUCACACAAUGCCCUGGCAUGGAGCUUAUGCACCCACUGGUCUUGCAAUGUGGGUCUUAGGUUCACACGCUCCUCUCUGCUAUCAGGAACGCAACCGUGAAUGGGAACCGGAAUUUCAUGCUGGUCGAUUUCCACAUCCUGCUUGUGUGAUCUGGUCUCUGCCACAGCAGCGAAAACGUGUGGCAGUUCUCCAGGACAAAGCCUACUCACAAGGGCAUUUACACAGGUGUGGGUAGCGCUGUGGUCUAAAUCACCGAGCCUCUUGGGCUUGCUGAUCGGAAGAUCAGCAGUUUGAGUCUGUGCGAUGGGGUGAUCUCCUGUUGCUCUGUCCCAGCUUCUGCCAACCUAGCAGUUUGAAAGCACGCCAGUGCAAGUAGAUAAAUAGGUACCACUGCAGCGGGAAGGUAAACGGCGUUCUCUGGUUUCCAUCAUAGUGUUCUGUUGCGCCAGAAGCGGUUUAGUCAUGCUGGCCACGUGACCUGGAAAGCUGUCUGUGGACAAACACGGCCUGAAAGCGAGAUGAGUGCUGCACCCCAUAGUCAAAUUCUACUAGAAUUAACCGUCCAGGGGUUCUUUACCUUACGCACUUUAGCUUACUGUCAAUAUUAAAGGGUGGUAUGGGUGAGGCCUUUGUCUAGUGUGUUUAUUGUUAUACUUGUUCAUUAAUUGGUUAUAUAUUAAUUGGUUAUUGUUAUACUUGUUCAUUAAUUGGUUAUGACGCCAGACUGAUGCCAGCCUCUCCUGCCUCACAGAACCCUGAAGCAUCAUGCAACUCCCACACGGAUUGUACCCAUGGAGCACCACACACUGCCCCAUGGAUGCUAGGGAUCAGAAGGCAGGCAUUUAAGAAUUCAUGUCUUCCUCUGCAGGGCUAUUGUGCAGCAGAAAAGGAAAUAGUGAAGCAGUUGAUCCCUGCAGAGCAGCUGGCUCCGUUGCCCAUGUCGUUUGAACACGUCACAAACCACUUCUUGCGCUUUCUUGAGUUCGUCCAGUCCAUCCUGCAGAAACCACUCAAGGCUCGGCUCAAGGAAGGUACAUGAAUGCGUGGAGGCAGAGCAUAGAUAUCACCCAUAGCCUUAUCCCCCAUGAGUCCUCAUUCAAAGCCAUGUGGGAGAAGAAUCCAUAGUUUAACCAUGUGCUGUGUGAAGAAGCAUGUCUUUUUGUCUCUCCGGAACCUCCCCAAAUUCAGCUUCCUUGAACGUCCAGGAGUUCUAGUAUUGCAAGAGAUGGAGAAAAACAUUUCUCCUGGUUUGGCUUAGCGUGUCAGAUGAACCAGCUGUCAGGCUUCCCUCCCAUGGUGACAGCCGAGAAUCAGAGAAACAAUAAAAGUUCUUACCAAGCAAUUUAUUCAAUAAUUCACAGAGAGUGACAAAGGAAUGCAGUCUUCCCUAAUUAACGGCAUUGCUCCAAGUAAAGUCCCAUCCGCUUUCAUCUCCCCUAUUCUGCGUCACUCCAGUGGCGGCUAAUCUGAGCUAUUUGCCUUUGAGCUCUCUGUUCUCCUACUUUCAAUGCCUGCCUGGUCCUGGGAGGGGGGUCAGGAAUGCUUUUCAAGGACACUGAGUCUGUCAGCUGUCUCUCCCUGGUGCUUCUUCUUCUUCCUGUUGUUCCUCUUCCAGUAUUUCCCAGCUUCUGCUGCUGGCAGCCUCUGAACUAUGCCCUUCUGCAAACCGCUGUUCUAAAUCUAUACUGUCCUCCUGUUCUUGGGAAGGUUCAGGAGAAGGGGGGUGGCGGUCCUCAAGAUUCCUCCUCAGUCCAGCCCCUUACACCAGCUCAUUGUCUAAAUAGCAUCUUUGUUUUGACUUUUUGUUUGCUCAGAUGUCUUCAGCAGCCUUAACAGCACCUUGAAGAAGGACCCCGAUCUGUUGUUGAAAACAAACUCUUCCGCCAAUCGCGCGCUCUUCUUGAAACGUACGUAUUGGUUUCUCCAUCCUGCCAGCCAUGGUUAGAAGCCCCCAUGUUUGACUGCUCAGCAAACGGUAUCUUAGAACAGUUUGGUAUUUGAAUGCUCACCAUUUGAAAUCAUCUUUUCUUUGGAGAGGGACAGAGGCAAGUUGUUAGUUUUUCAAUUUAGAUUUUAGAGCAGCAGUUGCCUGCUUGCUCAGCCCGGGGGAGCUGGACCUUCCCUGACCAAGCAAUUUCACAGGGACAAAUGGACAGGGUUCCACAUCCCUAGAAGGAGCAGCUCCAUAGCUUAGAGUUGCUCCUGGUUUUAUCUUUGUCUAACUGGGGGCUCAGGUGGCCUCAGUGACCACAAGUGCCAUUUUCCAGCCCUGACUGGUUUGCCAGCUACAGCCCCUUUUGGGCAGAGGUGACUUGGCCACUAUAUUCAGUGCUCUGGUAGCUUCCAGAUUAGAUUACUACAAUGCAUUCUACAUGGAGCUGUCCUUGAAGGUGACUGGGAAACUUCGACCGUUCCAAAAUGCAGAGGCCAGAUUACUGACUGGAGUUGCCUUUAGAUUUCAUAGAACCUGUAUUAAAACAGCUGCUUUGGCUGCCAGCUCAUUUCUGGGCCUAAUUCAAGAUGCUCACACCUUAAAUGACUUAGGCCCCUGAAAGACCAUCUCCAUCCCUACAGACCCUCUCAGGUAUUAAGGUCAGGAGAGGAAUCCUCUUGGUAGUUCCACAGCCCUCAGAGGUUAUGGUGACCUGGGAGGGCAUUCUCUGUGGCAGCCUCUUAAUUGUGGAAUUCCCUUUGCACAGAUGUGCAUCUAGCACCUUAGUUGGAUAGCUUGUCAUAUUCUGAAGACCCACCUCUAUAACCCCCCUCCAUUGCCCCCUGAGUUGGGAAGGAGGGACUUCCUGAGACUGAUGUUUGAGUAAUCCCCAAUCCUGUUGUAUAGACCAGGCGAGGGCGGGUAAGGACCUGUGACCAUUCAGUUGUGGCCGGACUACCAAUUCCAUCGUCACUGACCAUGCUGACAGGGGAUGAUGGGAGUUGUAGUCUAAGCACAAGUGGAAGGCCAGAGGUUCUCCACCCCUGGGCUUGAUCCUUCAUACAAACGGCUAAAUCAGGCAUAGGCAACCUUCGGCCCUCCAGGUGUUUUGGACUACAAUUCCCAUCUUCCCUGACCACUGGUCCUGUUAGCUAGGGAUCAUGGGAGCUGUAGGCCAAAACAUCUGGAGGGCCGAAGGUUGCCUAUGCCUGAGCUAAAUCUUGGGUUGCAUUUCUUAGUCUGCAGAGUAACAUAAGCAAACAAGGGAAAGCUGGUUCUAAAAUCAGAACUAGGGACAAGAUACAGUGGAGGACCCGGAGCUGUUCCAAAAAUAGCACUACUGUGUCUCUACCCCCAUCAUGGCAAGGUUCACUGGUCAUCAUCCUGUUUUCCCCUCUUCUCAUUCCAUCCUUAUCAUUGGCUUCUGAUGCAGACACCAUGAUGGUUUUGUGUCUCAUAGGAAGUUCCACUGGUCCUUGAUGUGGACAGGUCAAUCAAUAUAAGGCUGCUGGUUUUAACAGCGUGUGUUGUGGCUAUUUCCUUCCUCAACUGUUGUUGCUGCUGAAGAUGUUUCUCUGCGAUGUGUUGCCCAUGAAUGUUUUUCCCCCACAGAUGCAAGAUCCCCCACGCUAGAGAUAAAUAGCGUGCACCCCAGGUUAAUUUUAUCAGAGGACCGUCUUUCAGUAAGCUACAGCUGGAGGAGGAGACUUUACUGCUCAAACCCAGAGAGAUUCGACACUGUCUGGCAAGUCUUGAGCAGAGAUUCUUUCUUUGCCGGAAGCCAUUACUGGGAGGUGGAUGUGCUGCAGGCCGGGCAAGGGUGGUGGAUUGGGGCAGCCUACUCAUCCAUCAAAAGGAAAGGAGACUCUGAACUUUGCCGCUUGGGAUGCAACCGAGUGUCCUGGUGCAUCAAACGGUUUGACUUUGAAUACUGGGCGUUCCAGAACGGGGAGAGAGUCCCUAUUCAGGCAGAGGAUGAUCCUGAACGAGUUGGGGUUUUUCUGGAUUAUGAAGCUGGGAUCCUGUCUUUCUAUAACGUGACAGAUGGGAUGGCACAUCUGCACACGUUCCGCUGCAAGUUCACGGAGCCGGUUUAUCCAGCGCUGAGGUUGUGGGAAGGGACGAUAACAAUGUGCAAGAUAACUUAAGGGCUGAUGGCACAAGGAUGUGGGGGAGACCCAUGCUUCUCAUCCAUGUAUAUUGUGAUAUGUACUUCAGGUUUUUAAUAGAAAAAGACACUUUACGAUACUGAAUCAUUUCCUAAUGGCGACAUAUCACUCCAGGAAAUAGCUGUCUAUAUGCCAUUUUUGCACUUUCAGUAGAAGUUGCAAUCUACCUCACAAAGUUACCAUGAACUGUGAGGUAAGAGAGAGCAAUGCAGAGGAUCUAAAGCACUUGGCCAAUUAAAAAAAAUGCUGAAACAAUAUUUGCCUUGUAAAGUUUUCAGACGAUAAUGGCGUGAUUACUGAAGACUGUCUCUUAACCCCAUCUGUGUAUUAAAUUCUUUGGGGAAGGCUUUGUGCCUCUAGGUGUAUAUCCAAUUUGCACUGACUUUCUGGGGUCUAAUCCUGGUUGCAAGGAGGCUCCUGUACAAAUAAAUGGCAAGCAUUGCUGCUUUUUCUAUAAUGGUAAAGUCAUCCUGUGUGUCUUGGAAAACUUAUGAUUACGAUGCAUCUUGCCUUGGAAUAAUUUGCAAAGCAAGCCUGCUUAGCAGACAAUAAAGUAUCUUUGAACUGGUGAAUUGCAGCCUGCUUCUUAAUGAUGUGGAAUCUCAUUCCAGAGAGCCAAAAGAGAGGCAGAGGAGUACCUAAGUUUUCACUACUCAGCUGUAAAUAUUUGUAGUUGCAAAGAGAAUUGGCGCUGGCUGCCAAUUUGCUAUCAUUCUAUGGCCAAGGUGCAGUUACUGGAAUUUAAAUCCCUAGGCUGCUUGGAACCAGGCUAUCAAAAAGAGUAUCUUAUGCCUUAUAUAAAAAACUAAUUUGGUGCCUAUUGAAGAUCUUCCAUUUUUAACAAGCCUUUUAGAAAGUGGAGAUUUUUAUCGCAGUUUGCAUCUGUCUCUGGCUUGAAAGCGUUCUUAUAAAAGUUUAUCAAAUUGCUACAGGAUGUUUUAUGGGAAGUGAUUCAUCAGUGGCAUUAUUAAUAACUAGAUGCCAUAUCGAAAUGGUUGAAAUAUGAUAUUGUCUUCUAGGAGUCUGCCUUUAUCUGUUGCAACCAUGGCCAUUUAUUCAUAAAUAGAGCUUUAUUCAUUUGCAG